AUGUAUGGGCUCAUCAAUAAGGCAGUGCGAGCACUAAUUGUGUCGCACUAUGGGGAGGCGACGUGGCUCGAGAUAGUCAAACUCGCCGGCUGCCAGGCCCUCUUCAUCUCCAACACUUCCUACCCCGACGAAACCACCUACGCGUUGGUGGGUGCUGCGAGCGAGGUGUUGAAGGUGCCGGCGCCUGACCUGCUCGAGCGGGUGGGCCUUUACUGGGUCUCCUACACACGUCAACAUGGCUACAAAUCUCUCUUCGAUAUCGGAGGGUCAUCGCUGCCCGAAUUUCUAUGCAACCUGAACGCCAUGCACACGCACAUCCAGGCCCAGUUCCCCAAGCUGCGCAUGCCCACCUUCUGGUGCACCGACAUCGCGCCCCAGUCCCUCACCCUGCACUACCGGCCCGGGCGGCCCACGCGCAACGGCCUCGCCCCGCUCGUCGUGGGCCUCAUGAAGGGCCUCGCCGACCUCUUUCAUCUCGAGGAGUUCGAGAUCGAGCACACCGGCAAGCGCAGCCACCACGGCGCCGACGACGACGACGGAGGAGCCGACUUCGACGUCUUUCUCCUGCGCUGGGAGGGCGAGCCGUCCUCGCUGGACUCCAGCAUCGGUGGCAUGCCGUUGCUCGCCACCGCCACCCGCGCAGACCUCAGCGCCUCGACCGCGUCGAUUCCCGACUACAGUGGCGAAUGCCCGGCCCCGGCCGGCAGCGACGAGAACGACAAGCUGCGCGCGUUCGAGGCCCGCUGGCAGUUCUGCCUGCCGCCGACUCGCUUCGCGGCGGCGUUCCCCUUCCACCUGGUGCUGUCGCAGGACCUCAAGAUCGUGCAGGCCGGCGAGGUCCUCCAGCGCCUGUGUCCGGAGAUGGCCCUCGGCUCCGACUUUGGCCAGCACUGGCGCGUCGUGCGGCCCGAGAUGGUCGUGCCCGUACCGCAGCCGCGCGGCCAUGGCACUCACCACAGCGAGCCUGAGGCCCACAACGGCGGGGAAGGGGAGACGCGCGACAAGAGCGACAACGGUGGCGUGAGCUUCCAGGCGAUCAAGGACAACAGGGAUCUGCUGUUCCUGCUCGAGUCGAAGCACAACAAGCGACUCAAGCUGCGCGGGCAGAUGAACGUCAUCUCUUCGACAGAGGGCUGCCAGGUCAGCAACAGCGGCGGGACGCUCCGGAGGAAGGCCCAGCCGCCGCCGCCGCCGCCGCAGCAGCAGCAGCCUACACAGCAGUCCCACACUCGCGAGCGUCGGCAAACGCCGAGGUCGCCCCGGUGUCCCAUGUCUUUGGCGGCCAGCCCGCGCAGAUCGACCACUUUAUCCGUGUCGCCUGCCUGUGCAUCGAGCGCCAGCGCAACCGCAACGCCGCCCGGUGGGUGUCCGAUGACGUCGCUCAUGUCGUCAUCCUCGUCGACCAGCGUUGGUCGCCGCAAGAAGAAGACUCUGCGCAGCAUAUCCGACCCGGCCACAGACGGCAAGAAGAAGAGGAGCUCCACGGACCGAGCGCGCAGGCCCGAGGAGGACGAUUCCGACCUCACCGACAGCAACCGGAGCGUCAUCUGCGCGCCGCCCGCGGAGGAGACCAUCAUCAAGGCCGACGGCGACGAUGGCAACAAACCGACGGUCGUGGUGGCAGCCGCCGAUCAUUACAAGCAGCACAAGACGAAGAAGAGCAGCAAGCGCGCGAGGGCCAAGCAGACGCUCAGGCUCGAGGAGUUCGUGUUCUUCCUGGGCAGCGUGCAGGUCAAGGACAACGAGGAGGUGGUCGAGCUGGGCCUCUCCCUCCACGACUUUGCCCUCCACGACGCGGUCAAGGAGGUGCUCGUGCUCGCGGCCUCCAACGAGACGACCAUGCGAGACGUCCACCAGAUGGAGGAGUUCAUCCUCUACGGCAUGGACGGCGGCAGUGGUGCCGCCGGUGCGGGUGGCGCCAGGAAAGGCGACCCCUACGAUGACAGCGCCAUCAGCGGCAGUGGUCGACGCCCGUCCAUCAAGCCCAACGGCCACACCAAGAACACCAGGUGCCUCCUCAGCUGA